AUGGCAGACUUGAAAGUUGACUUUGAUUCUUUGGGGAAGACUGAAGGUCUCCUUAAUUUGGAUAAGUUUCUUUCCUACCACUCUUUCGUUGGAGGAGUAAAGAACGCUACUACUGACGAUGUCGCCGUUUUUAAGAAGCUAGGGAAGGCUCCUGCCGAGGAGGAAUAUCCAAAUGUUUACAGAUGGUAUUUACAUGUUUCAACUUGGUGCAAUUCGCCACCCAAGGAACUUCCUAAAGGAAAUUUCCCUGUUAAAGAAGAUAAAAAGACAGAUGAUGACAUUGACCUUUUUGGUGAAGCUGACGAGGAGGAGGAUGAUUCAUUAAAGAAGAAGAUGGAGGCUAUGAAAGCCGCAAAAACAAAGAAAAAGGAGGUCGCUAAGUCCUCACUAGUAAUUCACGUUGAGCCAGCAAGUGUCGAUGUUGAUUUGGACGAAGUUUUGAAAUUGGUUCGCGGCUUAAAAGUUGAAGGUUUGACUUGGGGUGAAGCUUCGGCCAGGAUUCCUCUAGCUUUUGGAAUCGAGAAGCUCCAAGUUAUGUGUACUAUCGUUGAUGACCUAGUUAACACCAAUGAAGUUGUGGAGAUGAUUGAAAACCUGGGCCUAUCAGAGGAGGACAAGGCGAAGAAGAAUGAGCGUGAGGAUGAGGAUGAGGAAUAUGACAGCGAUGAUGAGGUUCUCGGACUAGUUCAAUCUGCCACCAUUGUUUCUUUCAAUAAACUAUAA